AUGGACAAGAUUAAAUUUGACGGUUCUGAAGACGUUACACCAUAUUUAACGGAAGAAUACGGAUUCAGAAGGCAAAUGAAAUCAAUUCCAAAACCCCCUGAUAGAGGGCCUUUCAUAAAAGAAGUUACUGGCCAUUAUUUAACCCUUUCCUGGAUUCCAACAAAGAGAAGUCCUCCAAGAUACCCUCAAGUUACAUAUGUUAUCGAAUUUCGUGAAUUGCCUGAUAAAGACUGGCAACUACUUGACUACAAUAUUCCAGAGCCUGUCUGCAAAGUUCGAAAUCUUGAACUGGGAAAAAGCUACCAGUUUCGUGUUCGUGCCGAGAAUAUUUAUGGAAUUAGCGAUCCAUCUCCCCCAUCACCCCCAUCGAGGCUAAUGGCAAGACCUCCACCAGUUUUAGACAAGUUCCGCCGAGUUAUACCUCUUCUUGACCCUUACAUGGAGCGAGCUUUAGAUCAAGCACAUGCUGAACAAUAUGCUUGCACUCCUUGGUUCGCGCCAGGCGUGAAAGAAAGACACUUCGUUGCAGAAACUGACCAUCUUUCAAUUACUUUACAUUAUGCAGGAUAUCCUGAUCCAAAAAUUACAUGGAAACAUAGAGGUUGGGAUAUUGAUGCCUCCGGGCCAACCUCAAACAUUCGUAUUUCCUCACAUGCUGGUGCUGAGACUACCAUCACAUUCCUAGGCUUUCAAAAGUCAAAUGCUGGGCAAUAUACCUGUGUGGCUGAGAACCAGUAUGGAAAAGCUGAACAAAAUUUACUUGUUGAUGUUGCUACCCGCCCAAAAUUCACUCAACCUUUAUCAAAUCGGGAUUACACUUCUGAUAAGCCAUUAAGGCUAAAUGUUCGUGUAGAAGGCAAUCCUGUGCCAGAGGUUAAAUGGCUUAAGGAUUGGCGGCCAGUUGCCGAAUCUUCACGCGUUCAUCUGAUUCAAGAAGAUUCGAAUUUGCGUACACUGCUUAUUGAUCAACCCAUUUGGAGCGAUUCCGGCAUUUAUACGUAA